AUGGCGUCAAUCCUCCAGCACGCGCGACGCGUUGCUUGGGACAGCUAUAAGGGAGACCAUAGCCCGGGACAUCGCAUCAGAAAGCUUUCACGAUCAGCUCCGUUGUCUCUAUUUAUCGAAGCGUUGGAAGCCGAUGGCUGUGUGAUAGUCAAGGAUUUCACCGACAAAGCAGCGCUUGAGAAGGCGGAAUGGGAGGUGCGGCCGUGGCUAGAUCAGCAAGUGAAUGGCGUGAAAGUGGGCGGCAAGUUUCUCUAUCGUGCAAAACCAUCAUUGAGCGCAACAGUACGAGAGAAGUUCUUUGCCGAUCCGCUCUACCAAGCUCUGUGCGAACACUUUCUGGCGCUUGAGACGACCCAUUAUUACGGCAACAAGCCACUCACCACAACCAGUCACCCACUUCUCUCAAUCUCAAUUGCAUUUGAUAUCCCUCCAGGAACUCCGGCGCAAAACCUUCAUCGCGACGACAAGAAUCACCAUGCUCGCCAUUCCCAUGCCGAUAAGUACGAGAAAGGCCGUGAUAUGCUAUUAGGCCUGUUCGUUCCAUCCUGCGAUACCACCAAGGCCAAUGGUGCUACGAGAGUCGUCCCAGGCAGCCAUCUGUGGGGCGAUGAUAUGCCCGACUUUGGAUCCGACGGCAACCGUGGAGUUGUCGACGCAGAGAUGCGCAUGGGAGAGGCGUUUAUUAUGCUAGGAAGUCUUUAUCACGGAGCGGGAGCGUAUGAGAAGCCAUUGGGAACGGUAAAAGACGGUGAUAGAGAGAGCAGGACGGUCUACGCCAUGUUUUCGUGCACCGGCGUGCAUCGACAGGAAGAGGUAUCAUUUCUGUCGUAUUCGAUCGACGAGGUCAAGACAUAUUCGAAGAUCGUGCAAGAGCGACUAGGUUGGAAGCAGAGUGAGCCAAACCUAGGUUGGGUCGACCUCAAGAGUCCGGAAUUUCUCCUGGCGCAAUGA